GCGGAGGCAACCACAACUUGCUCGUCAUUUCCUGACAGCUUUCUCUCCUCUUCAUAUUACCAAGCAAGCCCAUCACGACUUCACAAACCCACGAAAUCACGACCAAAUCAGAAAUAUUAUCUGCAGCGCGUCUCACAGGGCUGAAGACAACAUUCCAGAAAGUGACAUCCAACGUCACGAUCUGCUCUCGCAGAAACAUCAGCAUUCCUCGGAAUAAAGGCCGAUCAUGGCGCCAGUUGAAUCCUACCUCUCCUCUCUCCUCAAACGCACAUCCUCCUCAACCGUCUCCGACCUCUCCCCGAAAGCAAUUCUCCUCGCAGCACGCACACAGAAUCUCAUUGCACGCACAGUCGACCCCGGCGUCGGCGUCACACCCCCAACUUCCAUCCCCAACAAAGCCGUCUUCGCGCUCUUUGGCCUCAUCGGCGUCGGUUUUGUGCUGACAGGAAUAUGGUUCUUCUUCUGGGCCAAGAACGGCGGCUUCUAUUUCCAGGAGCAUGAUUGGGACGACUACAAAUCUACGGUGUUGAGGCGGAAGGGACCGAAUGGUACGACGUUGAGUGGCGCUACGGCGAGCACGGAUCUCGGCGGUGGGAGUGUGGUGCAUGGCGAGAAAAAUGGAUCGCGGUGGGGCAAGGGCAAGAAGAAGUCGAAGCGGUACAAGGAUAUUGAUGACGAGGAGAGUAGGACUAUGGAGUCUUCGCUGGGGGGAAGCACAUUGGGGAGUGAGAUGAGCGAGUUGAAGACUAAGACCAAGAAAGCGAAGAAGGAGAAGAAAAAGGGAAAAGAUAAGCAUGAGGGUAGUGAACUGAUGAGCGAGAUUGAUUUACGUGAGGAGGUUGAUCCUAGUGUUGUUGAUGCGGUGAGAGCUUAUCGACACGAGAAGCCAGCGAGAGUUGGUGGCCUUAACAAACCGGCUGAUGGAAGUGCCUUUGAUGGAUCAACUCAAGAUGGAUCAUCCGCUGCUUCUGAGUUGCUUUCCCACCGCGAACGAACACCUACCACGACUCCGACGAGGGUCAGAAAGGAACGUAGCGACAAGCAUACCAGUGGUACAGGUGGAAUCCGCAAAGUCGUCAGCACAAGUGAAGGUGGUAAGAGUGAUUUUUGGAACCGAAGCGCAGGAAGCAACAGGCAGACUGAAGAGGAAGAUCGCAUCAAGGUGGAAGGCAGAAAGCUACAGGACAAAGGCCGCGCCGCUCAACGUCGAGACUUCAGUUUCCAAGCCGGCGAUGACAUCUCCGUUGCUAGCGAGGAGCGAAGCGCCCGCCGGGAAGACCGUGAACGUAGACGUGCGAGCAGAAGCCCUACGAAGAAGGUUCAGGGCAGUUAUCAUGAAGAGAGUCUGCUUGGUUCGGAUAUCAGCGGUGAUAUUGGCACGAAGAGUUAUCACCAUCCGAUUCCAGGUUUGAGUAUAGCGGGAAGCAGUGAUUAUGCCGAGGAGAGAAGGAAGAAGAGGAACGGUGCUGGCUACAGACGGGGUAGGACUGAGGAGGAUUAGACUAGAGAAUGAACAUUAGGUAUGAAAUUGAAUGAGCACAGGUGAGAUGAGAUAUGAUAUCUAAGGCAGCAUUGCUAGUGAUUGCCUGGAGUUGGGUUGGACUUUGUAUGUGUAGAUUGGAAUGAAAAUGAAUCAAUGGACAUUCCCUUUCC